AUCUACUCGCGUCGCAUCUCUCUGAGCUCGCCGCCGAGAUCCAAAUCCCAGCCGAAAGAAUACGGCCUUGAUGAGUACAGCGUUAGCUCCCAAUCCGCCACCGAUGACCAGCGUCCCCCUGGCAGUUCCCCCGUCGAAAUUGAGCUCAUGAAUCGUGACCAGGCCAGCGAGCUCUCCAGUGUCUCUCGCGACAGAUACUUCCACCCGACCUCUGAUAUCUCGUCUAUGCCCGCGGAUAGCAUGCUAGAAGCCCCCUCUUCUGGCCCCCGACGAAAACGCAGUUCCAGUUUAGAACGAGAGCAGAGCUCCGACUCCAAACCCUAUCUGAAAGCCCCCCACCGCAAGAGAAGUCGCAGUUUAAGCACCGAACGCAUCGCCCAUCGCGUUGCCGAGAAAUUGAGCAACGACCCUCGCGAGGCCGCCACCAACAACCCUACCACCGGCAAAGGUCAGCAGCAGCGGGCCGCAUAUAACAACAGAGACAGCGGCGAUUUCCAGGAAUCGGAUCCCAAAUCCCCUCGACGACGUUUUGCCGCCUACCGCGGUGACGACGAGAACAUGAGUCCCGAAUCCAGCCUGCUGAGCGCUUCGGCGCUGUCCUCGCAUCGCAAAUCCGGGGACCAAUAUUCCUUCAAAUCCGGCACUUCUAAAUCCUCUAUUAACAACCCCAAACUCCUCGAAACCGUCGAAGAUGCCAUCCGGCGGUUGAUUCUCCCGGAGCUCAAGGAGCUGAAAAAGGAUCAAAAGGUGAUGACCAACACCUCUAAAUUCGAACGUGACAUCAGCGCGUCUUACUCGCCCGCCAGUUCCCCGUCCCGGGACGAACUGGGCAGACGGCUCUCAAAACAUGCCAGUGCCCCCGACGUCAGAAAGCCCAAGGUGGUCCUCAACAAGGAUAGCCAGGACGAAGGCAUUGUUCUCUCGGGCGACUCGGUUCCGUCGCAGCGGGAGCGUAGGCCGAGUAGAGACAGCGAGAUGACCGAUACAAGCCACUUCAAGUGGGGAUCUCGCCCCGAGCUGACCGAACAGGAGAAGCUGCGCCGCCAAAGGAGCAGGGGUCUCCGCGACGCCGAAAAGGCCGGUCGCGUGGGAAACGCCCUGACGGCGGCCGCUCUCAAGCACCACGACUCCCGGUCGAGCAUCGACAAGAACGAACGACGCCGACCGAGUGGUCCCCGGAGCCGAACUGGAAGUGUCAAUGAAACGGAGCUGGUCUUCCAAAAGCACAACGUGGCGCCCAUGCCCCUUCGCAGCGCCAUCGAAUCCGAAAUGACGCGAGAUUCGUUGCUCUCGGAGCAAACCCGCCAGCCGACAGAACUCAGUGACAAUAAAUAUGGCACCGAGCUGGUCUUCCAAAAACACAACGUGGCACCUAUGCCCCUCCGCAGCGCUAUUGAAUCCGACAUGACACGGGAUUCGCUGGUCUCGGAGCAAACCCGCGAGCCGACAGAACUUAGUGACAAUAGAUAUGCAACCCAGGAAGUGUCUCGCGGAUCGCCGAGACAGCUCACUUCACCGCAUUCCCGCUCAUCAAACCGCGACCCCAUGGACUCGCGCUAUGAGCUCAAACACAGCAACAUGUCCAGUCACAACCUGUCCAUCCACAGCGCCUCGGACCACGGCGAUCGCGAGCAAAGCUACUCGCCCGUCGGGGAUGCUGCCGCCGGGGCCAUCGCGGCCGCGGCGGUGGCCAACCUCCUUGGCGUGAAUUCCGACCUCGGUGAUUCCGAAUAUAAUGACCGUCGACGCACCCUCAGCCCGAUCCAAAGCGUUGCGAGCUACCAGAGUGAAUCACACGUCAAGCAGGACUCCCCUCGCCAUGGUGGCCAGGCUGACUCGGCGGACCCAAGAGGUUUGGAACAACGUUUGUCCAUCGACUCCCUUUCCUCCGCUCCAAGCACUAAUCUCGCGAGAUCGACACGGCCAGAAUUUACAAGUCAAAGUGAUUUCCUCCGGCAUCGCCAUGAUGACGAUGAUGAUCACGAGCUCGGCUACGAGUCGACCCCCGUGGCGUCCCCGCGCAAUCGGAAGUGGCAUCAAGAGGAAGAAGAAGACGACUACGACGACCGCCACGACGAUCAUUAUGACCACUACGACGAUGAUCGUCAUGCGUAUCGCAACUCGAUGGCCGAAACGGUUACUAGCAACGACGACGCCAAAAGAAUGACCGGCUACACCGACGACAGUGAGGUUAACUUUAUGGAAAAGGUCAAGCAAGGUCACCCUGUUGCAGGCAUCGGGGCCAAUCCUCAGUUUGUCCAUCCCUCGCAGGUGGAGUCUGCAGUGGCCUCCCUCCUUGACCCUACCAUCCUGGAGGGCAAAUCCAAUCUCUCUGGGGCCAACCGCUCGCAGACCGAGACCGAUCUUUCGCGGCAGAUCGUCGAGGAUCACAGCCGCAGUCCUAGCCCCAAACCCAUGGAGAAAACAGUCCAAACUCCUCAUGGCUCUCGACACGGAAGCCCUCUCAAACAGCGUCAGGAUGCCUCGAGCCCGGAUGCCACCUCUUUCCCCCGACGGAUGGGUGCCACCUCCCCUCCCCAGAGCGUGACGCAGUCGCUGGAUGACCAAGCGGGACCGACUCCUCGGUUCGCUCAUGAGGAGUAUGAUCACGGGAGCCCCAGCCUCGCGGCGGAUCGCAGUCCCGAUUCUGAGUCGGAGAUCAACACCAAUCCAUCCAUAAUCCAAGGGCCCAUUGGAGGAGUCCCCCACGGCCACGGCUGGGCGGCGUAUGAUCAGACACCGUCCAGAGGCAAUCAAUCUCCUCUCUUUGACAACACGGGCACCGCUGCUGGCAGCGCAGGCCUUGGUUUAGAUCCAAUGGAUCAGCCGGGUUACAAUCAAGACUACUACACCAACGACUAUGACCCCACCGGUGCUUCUUACUACGAUCAGCCGUACUCAAGAGGGCAGUUGUUCGGCACGCCCCCGGGGAUCAAGGACGAGGGUUAUGUGUCGGCUGCCAAUCCUCUCUCCCCCAGCAAUGACACUCCCGAGCCCAAAGGGUUUGGCGGUCUCGAUGGCGGCAUGGGUCUUUUUGAUAGUCCUACCGGUGAUCAUCCGCGCCAGCUUAGUGGCUACUCUCAGGGAGUUGGAUCGCCCUUGUAUGAUAGCGCAACAGGUCGAGGGAUUGAACGGAUUCAAUCCAAGGAUAUCGUUGCUCUCAUGGACCACCUUACCGUUCGUGAUGCCCAACGCAAUGCUCGGGACACAGAGAUUCUUGUGACUCUCGUCCGAAGCGCAGCCGAGAUGCGCAACUCUUUCGAAGAGAUGAAAAAGUUCAUUUCCCAGCAGGAUGAUCUCCUCAUGGAGUCCAGUGACCGGCAGCACGACCGCACAUACCGGGCUCUCGGUGGACCGCGCCCACUUCCCCCCAGCGGUCCCCGAGGGGCGCGCCAGAACUCCGCCGACGAUGGUGAAGACAUGCGCUCCAAGCGAAAGAAUGUUUUCAAGCGUGCCCUCAAAGGUCUGAGCCUCAAGUCUGGCAACGAUCUUGGCCGAAUCGAGGACAUGCUGGAACAGCUUCUGGAUGAGGUUGAAAUCCUGCGUGCCGGUCAAGAUGAUCGGUUCAUGCGCAGCAGCAACCGAGCCCCCAGCGUGGAUCCUGAGGGCUACGAACCCGAAGGUCACGCCGGGACUUCUUCCGAGAACCACUCCGGAUACCUUUCCACCUUCUCUCGUCCGGUACAGGAACCGCGCGGCAUCAACACGAGGCGGGAGCCCGAGCACCGUGUGAGCACCGUUCCAGAAGCCGACGAAGAGGACGAAGAAGAGCUGGAUGUCAACGAGCGGGGCGAGUUCCUCAGUCCGCAUCUCUCGAUGGACACUGCGAACAACCGUGAAAGAGCCGGGUCUGCACCGGUCUCGACACCCCCUCGGACUGUUCCCAUGGCUUCGGGCGCACUCAGCAACGAAACCACGCCGAAAACGAGCGAUAAAGCGCGCAAGCACAAGUCCAGCAGCUCCUCGUUCUUCCCCAAGAUUUCCCGGUGGUCCAAGACCACGGCGUCGUCGAUGGGUGACAACAUCCGCAACAGCAUGCAGCCGUCGCGCAAAGAGCGGGUGUCCUUCGAGGCGUCGCCCUCCGGAUCCGACCUCAAUGCGCCGUACCGGACAGGGGAUUACUACGAUCCUCAAGGAGAUGACCGACUCCGGUCCACUUACACUCUAGAUGACCAGCGACAGGAAAACCGUCCCCCGUCACCCUUGGUGCCGUCGCAGCUUUCCGAGGCACCCAAGUAUCGGGCCCAUCGAGACAGUCUCGAUCUCCAGCAUCCCCAACCCAGACAGGGCCCUACGGGGCGAUACCAGACCGCACUGGAAAGCCAGGCACAGGCCUACGGCAUCCCAGUCGACCAGUGGGGGUCCAACCCCAGCCUGUCGGGGGUCAAUACCAACAACCAACGACACAGCGGCGCCAGUCGAUUGUCUCCUAUUUCGGACGCAGGGUACUCCGAGAGCAGCUCCCGGACGGGAGGGCCACCCAGACCGCCGAAGAUCAGAGAUGACGGGCCAUUGAUUCCCGAGCGAGCCCCCAAGAGCAGUGGUGGCGACGAGGACCGAUCCUACGCGGAUCGCGUUGCUUCUCGGGUAAGCAUUCGCCGUGUCCUGGUUCGCUUGAAGCAUUUCAGACGCUAAUCCUUUCUUUUAGAGCUCUGCGAUGCGCUCUCCUCGCAGCACGCCUCCUCCUACCCGUAAACCCACGGGACCUCGUCCUCUGACCUCGGGCAAUCCCAACAGCCCUGGACGG